GAUUUCGGGCCGAGGAUGACGGUGCCGUUCGAGAGGCUGAAGGGGGCGAAGAGGUACAAGGUCUCCGAGCUCAGGUUCCUCGACCGCGGCCCGCUCGGCGGGGACGCGCGCGUCACGGGCGCCGACGACCCCCUGUUCGAGGGGUCGGCGCUGCAGCCGGGCGGCGUGUUCACCCGGGCGCAGCUGCUCGGGGAGCUCGAGGCGCUGUCGUCGUCCGGCAUGUUCGAGCGCGUCAACGUCGACGCGAUCAGGCCCCAGCCCGACGGCACCCUCGGCCUCACCGUCUCCUACGCCGAGAGCCUCUGGGCCCCGGCGAGCCGGUUCAGCUGCGUCAACGUGGGCGGCCUCGUGCCGGCUGGGCAGGCCGACGAGGCCGAGGACGACGACAUGACGCUGAGGGAGAAGAUGGCGCUCCAGCGGAGGCAGGACCAGGAGUACCAGCGGCGCCUCCGCAGCGCCACCAAGCCGUGCAUACUGCCGGAGCCCGUGCGGGGGGAGGUGGUGCAGAUGGUGAGGAAGCAGGGACGGGUGAGCGCCAGGCUGCUGCAGAGGAUCAGGGACCACGUCCUCAGAUGGUACCACAACGAGGGCUUCGUCUGCGCGCAGCUGGUCAACUUCGGCAACCUCCACACCGGCGAGGUUGUGGGCGAGGUCGUCGAGGGGGAGGUCACCGGCGUAGAGUACCAGUUCCUGGACAAGCUCAACAAUGUCAUCGAGGGGAAGACCAAGCUUCCUGUGAUUGACAGGGAAUUGCCCCAGCAGCUUCGGCCAGGCCAUAUCUUUAACAUCGGGGCAGGGAAACAGGCUCUUAAGAACUUGAACGCGCUGGCUUUGUUCUCCAACAUAGAGGUGAAUCCAUCCCCUGAUGAAACCAAAGAAGGAGGCGUGUUGGUCGAAAUCAAGCUCCAUGAACUGAAUCCCAAAUCAGUGGACGUGACCACGGAGUGGAACUUUGUGCCAGGGCCUGGGGGACGACCAACUCUUGAAUCCAUUCAACCUGGAGGAAGUGUGGCAUUUGAGCACCGCAACAUCGGUGGGCUGAACAGAUCUCUCGCUGGUUCGGUUACAUCCAGCAACUUACUCAACCCUCAGGACGAUCUUUCGUUCAAGUUUGAGUAUACACAUCCUUACUUAGACGGUGUGGAGGACCGCAGCAGGAACCGCAUCUUCAAAACCAGCUGCUUCAACACCAGGAAACUCAGCCCUGUCUUCGUAGCCGGCCCCAACAUGGCCGAUGCUCCACCUAUCUGGAUCGAUAGAGUUGGAAUCAAAGCUAACAUAACAGAGAACCUCACAAAGCAGAGCACGUUCACUUAUGGCCUCGUGAUGGAGGAGAUCACGACGCGUGAUGAGAGCAAUGAUGUGUGCACUCACGGGCUCCGGAGGACGGCCACCGGCGCCCUGGGCAUGAACGGCCCACCCACGACAUUCAGCGGCACCGGCGUCGACCGGAUGGCAUUCCUGCAGGCCAAUCUGACCCGGGAUAACACGGAGUUCGUCAACGGCGCGACCAUUGGCGACAGGUGCAUCUUCCAGCUGGACCAGGGCCUGGGCAUUGGAAGCAAGAACCCGUUCUUCAACCGCCAUCAGCUAACAGUGACAAAGUUCGUGAAUCUAAACAAGCAAAAGAAUGGUGCCGGCAAACCACCGCCGGCCGUUCUUGUCGCCCACGGCCGCUACGCAGGAUGUGUAGGAGAUCUGCCAAGCUAUGACGCCUUCGCACUUGGAGGGCCUCACUCUGUCAGGGGCUACGGCAUGGGCGAACUCGGCGCUUCUAGGAACCUUCUCGAGGUUGCCACCGAGGUGCGCCUCCCGGUCCCCAUGGUGAAGAACACACAGGUGUAUGCUUUUGCCGAGCAUGGCACCGACCUUGGGAGCUCCAAAGAUGUCAAAGGGAACCCUACAGAGUUCUUCCGACGUGCCGGCCAUGGAUCAUCGUACGGUGUCGGCAUUAAGCUUGGCCCACUCAGGGCGGAGUACGCCGUCGACCACAAUGCUGGCACAGGAGCCCUUUUCUUCAGAUAUGGCGAGAGGUUCUGAACUGGAUGAUCCGUUUCGUCCAGCUCCAGCGAUUGGGGAAAAGGGGUAACAGAAUUUUUCAACAUGUAAUAUAUUUGACCGUGAACUGUUUGCUAGAUAAAGUGUUCAUGCAGUAUAUUUGUUCCAUGUUGGAUUACACACGGUUUUAGCUGAAGGAGCCCAGUCCCAGUUGUAAA